AUGGGCCCACUAUCCAUUGCCGCCGCCGUCGCCCUCUGCGCCUUGCAGACGGCCUCGGCGCAGAGCGACCCCAUCACGAUGCAGGAUAUUUCCAACAGAAUCUGGAGCCAGCUGGUCGGGAACCAAUGCCACCCGUUUGGCAAUUAUGCACUUGACCGUGACAUGAACCUACCCCCUUGCAUCGCCGAGCAGGUCAUCGCCUUGAGUUGCGAGAGGAUGACGCAGGCGCUCGAGCCGAACGCUCCGGAGGCGAACCGCAACGCCUACAAGGACUGCCUGCUCAACGAGCCGAGCACUUUCCUGCGCGACCAGCGCAACUGCCUGCUGUGCAAGGGUCUCACCAAGACCCACUCGCCCGAGCAGAACGAGUAUUACCGAACGGCCUUUCGCAAGGCGACGGAGAAAUUCAGUGCAUCAACGCCGACGGGCUCGCUGUGGAGCAUGACAGAGAUUGAUAAGGACUCGAAUGCAUACCGUGAACUGCCGGUGACGAAGCCGAUCAAGGUCUCGAACGAGACCAUGGCCGAAUUCUUCCGCGAUCUCGCAGGGCCAUCCAAGCUUGGAUCCUUCCGCCUCGAAGGAGCGCAGCAGAUAGGCGCAUCGGCCGAGACCAAAAACGGGACGUCGAAGACUGUGAAGGGCCCGAUGCAGUGCCAGGACCCCAUCGGCCAGGAGAUCGAGGUCAUCAUGCCAACCGGCGGCCGCCCCACCACCGGCGCAGGGAACGACACGAGGGCAACUGAGGUCAAGGUGAUGCACGUCAGCCAGUGGAACUACUUCAGCUUCACGAGCAGCACCAACUUCACCUACGCCUACUCGUGGCAGCCGCCUGUUCGGGUCGCCGGCAUCAGGGGACGUCCGGCAACGCAGGAGGACGUCAAGACGCUGCCCAACGGCGCCGGCUGCGGCUCGUGCGAGAAGUUGAUCUCGCCCGAGCAAAUCUCCAAGGCCGCCGCGGCCACCGUCGAGGACGCGUCCGAGCUUGGCAUCUCCCUUCUCGACAAGACGGCGCAGGUGAGCGGCGGAGUGGAGGGACAGAUCAGCGAGGCGGUGCAGGAGAAGAUUGAGGUUGCCGUCUACCAGGAGCAAAAGAGAAACGUCACCGUGUCGACCAACCCGCCGGCGAGGGACGCGCAGGGUGGCAUCCGCUUCAAGACGCCUGAUUCGACUCGCGUUCGGGGGCAACGUCCUGGAAAUGCCGUUCCCAAUUCUUGUUCGCAGAAUUGA